GUUAUGCUUUGCGGACUGCAAGAACUGAAUGUAGACGACUGGGAAACGAACACAGUCUACAAACACUACACACCACGAUCCCGGGAGAUUCAGUGGUUCUGGCAGUUUGUACGAUCAUUGGAUAAUGAGAAACGGGUUCGGUUGCUUCAGUUUGUCACUGGGACGUGUCGUAUUCCGUUGGGUGGAUUUAAAAACCUGAUGGGAAACGAAGGUCUACGGCCGUUCUGUAUUGAGCGCAUAGGCACCGAGGAUUGGUUACCUCGCAGCCACACGUGUUUCAAUCGCCUAGAUCUACCGCCAUAUCGAUCAUAUGAACAGUUGAAAUCCAAACUGACUAUGGCCAUUGAGGAAACCGAAGGUUUUGGACAAGAAUAG